AUGGGAAGUUGGUUCUUGGCGCAUGAUCUGGCAACCCAGUCAGUACGAACAUUGUUGGCACGACGAACAAUGGUUAUUCCCACAUUCGAGGAACGUCUGAGGAAAGAGGAGACAACGUCAAGUCUCGCUGCAACUUACCACGACCACCCCUUUCUUGGCCCUCCAAUGGCGUCAACCAAGACUUUAAAAUCAGAUUUGAUCAUGCAUGGACUAGCAGUCUCCAUUGCAAAUGAACAUCCUUCCUGCAAUGCCCUCGCUUCUACUUCCAAUGCUGAGCUGCAGAGUAGGGAGCCGACCUUUCCAUCACAAAUCUCGCCAUGGGUGUUAGUAACGACUACUCCAUAUGCCGCCUCCGGGGAAUUGUAG